AUUAUUAUGGAUGCACGCUUACGCAUAAAAAUCUACAAAGUCAGCUCACCUUUGCGACCAUCUUAAACGUAGUUCCUGUAAAGAAGACCUCAGUUCAUCACCAACAAUGGGCAAUCAACCCUCCACCCCCAAGCCAGGGACCGAUUUCAAAGUCAUCGGCGCUGGCCUCUCCCGCACGGGCACUGCCUCAUUCAGCGAAGCGUUGCGCAUCCUGCUAAACGGGCCUGUCUAUCAUGGUGGUACACAGGCCACUCUGGGACCCGAAAUCGAGAUCAAAUCCCUGAUCAAACUCCUCUCGCACUUUCCACCAAAGUCGCCCUCGGACAAAACGACCAUUCACGAUUUGCUGAAGCAGCGCUUAAACGGCUAUGCCGCAGUCACCGAUGCACCAUUUAGCGGGCUGGUCGAAGAGUUGCUCGAGGCGUACCCCAAUGCGAUGGUAAUCUGCACAAUUCGAGAUCCAGACGCGUGGAUAAAGAGCAUGGAAGUGGUGCAGAACGCAUCUACGAUGUGGUUCCUACGCUUUGUACUCUUCCCUGUCCCAGGCAUGCGUUACUUCGUCGACUUCAUUGAUGGCCUGAGAGACCAAUGGAUCUACCUGUAUGGUCGUGGGGAACCAGUCACAGCCGAAACCUACGAAAAGCACAUUGCUUACUUGAAAAGAGUCGUGCCGGAGGAUAGGCUAGUCUUCUUCAAUGUUAAGGACGGUUGGGAGCCUCUCUGUAAGGUACUUGGCAAAGAGGUUCCGCAGGAUAUCCCGUUCCCAAGAAUCAACGACGGGGAAGCCAUCGAUAGGCUGGCGAAGAGAAUGGUGACCAAGGGCUUGCUGCGAUGGCUAGCCAUCUUUGGUGUGGUGGGAGCGGCUGCUGUUCCUCUGUUUUUGAAGCGUUAGAGAGUGUCUCUUUCUACACCGACAGAGAAUCUCUCGCGUUCUCUCUAUCGUGUGGAUCAUGUUUUCUUCUGCUCCAGAUGACUCGUACCAGUUGUCUGCGAUAUGAAUACAUCCUUUUCCGCCUUUUCUUUCACAUACGACCAUAGGACACUGAAAAUUAGGCUUCCCGUCCGCUCAGCCAUAUACAAGCAGUGUACCGGCGGA